AUGAAGCUAUCUCUGACCUUGUCCGCUCUUGCGGCAACCGUUUACGCCAAGACUGCCCUUUUGGUGCCCUACUACAUCUCCCCCUAUGUCUGGAAAGCGGACUGGGAUGCGUUGAUUGACACGAUCGACAAGCACCCUGCCCUCGACUUUUAUGUCAUUGUCAACGAUGGCAACGGGCCCCCGUACAGCUCGACGCUGGCGGAACCCGGGAGCCCGACGCCGAAAGACCUGAUAGACUGGGCAAACCACCUCGGCAAGGUCAACGCACGGAGCAACGCCAAGACGAUCGGCUACGUCUACACAGGCUUUGGGGGGCGCGAUGUUGCCCUCGUCAAGAAGGGCAUCGACGACUAUGCCCAGUGGAAGACUCAGAAGAACUGGGACGGAGUCGCGCAGGACAUCUCCAUCCACGGCAUCUUCUUUGACGAGAUCAACACCGACCCCGCCCAGCUUCAGCGCAACCUCGACAUCACCAAAUAUGCCAAGUCUGUCUUCGGUGGCAAGGGCGGGCCUGUCAUCCUUAACCCGGGCGUCGCUGUCCAGGCAGGUAGCGAAUCUCUCUUCGAUGCUGCCGAUUCCAUCUUGAACCUCGAGACCUGCUACACCAAGGACCACGAUCAGGCCUACGAUGGGAAGGAUCCUCGCUGCCAUCUCGGCUACACUCCCUUCACACCCGCCAGCCUCGACGCCCUGCCUAGCAACAGCAGCCGCGUAGCCAAGUCUUCGGUUGUCAUCCACGACUUUUACGAGACCUGGAACCCAUAUGUGCCGGCCUCCAAGUCCACCUUUGAGACUGAUGCCACGGCUAUAGUGAAGAAGGGUGUUCAUAGCUUCUACGUCGCCCAAUACGGCUACCAAGGAAACUUUACCAUGGGCCCUGCUAGCAUUAGCGAGGUUGCCCGUGUCGCUGCUGCUGCCCAGGGCAUUGCUUAA